ACGUGAAGCACUACGCCGUCUUCGUGGGCCAUGGCACAAGCCGCCCGGCCGGCCCCGAAGGGGAUGGCACCCAGCGCCUCAACAUCCAGCGCAUCCUCAAGGUCAACCGGACCCUCUUCAUUGGGGACAGGGACAACGUCUACCGCGUCAGCCUGGAGCCCAGCGGUGCCAGCGAGAUGCGCUACCACCGGAAGCUGACGUGGCACUCGAACCAGCAUGACAUCAGCAUCUGCCGGAUGAAGGGCAAACACGAGGCAGAGUGCCGAAACUUCGUCAAGGUGCUGCUGGUGCGCAACGAGAGCCUGCUCUUCGUCUGCGGCACCAACGCCUUCAACCCCAUCUGCGCCAACUACAGUAUGGACACGCUGGAGCCCGUCGGGGACAACAUCAGCGGCAUGGCCCGGUGUCCCUACGACCCCAAGCACGCCAAUGUGGCCCUCUUCACAGGAGGGAUGCUCUUCACCGCCACCGUCACCGAUUUCCUGGCCAUCGAUGCUGUCAUCUACCGCAGCCUGGGGGACAGCCCGACCCUCCGCACUGUCAAACACGACUCCAAAUGGUUCAAAGAGCCCUACUUUGUCCACACCGUGGAGUGGAGGAGCCACGUCUACUUCUUCUUCAGGGAGAUCGCCAUGGAGUUCAACUACCUGGAGAAGGUGGUGGUGUCCCGGGUGGCUCGGGUGUGCAAGAACGACAUGGGGGGGUCGCAGCGGGUACUGGAGAAGCAGUGGACCUCCUUCCUGAAGGCCCGGCUCAACUGCUCCGUGCCGGGCGAUUCCCAUUUCUACUUCAACGUCAUCCAAGCCGUGACAGACAUCCUGGAGCUGGACGGGCGCCCCGUGGUGCUGGCCGUCUUCUCCACCCCUGCCAACAGCAUCCCAGGCUCAGCCGUCUGCGCCUUUGACAUGACCCAAGUGGCCGCUGUCUUUGAGGGACGUUUUCGGGAGCAGAAAUCACCUGAAUCCAUCUGGACGCCUGUGCCUGAGGACAUGGUGCCCAAGCCUCGGCCCGGGUCCUGUGCGUCAAAGGGGAUGCGCUACAACCCCUCCAGCACCUUCCCCGACGAGAUCCUCAACUUCGUCAAGACGCACCCGCUGAUGGACGAGGCGGUGCCGUCCCUGGGCAACGGGCCCUGGAUCCUCCGCACCAUGAGCCGGUACCAGCUCCGCAAGAUCGUGGUGGACAACACAGCGGGGCCGUGGGGCAACCACACUGUGGUCUUUCUGGGCUCCAGCACCGGCACCGUCCUCAAGUUCCUCAUCCUGCCCAAUGCCAGCACCAGCCCCGCGCCUGCACACCCUGGGAGCCAGAGCGUCUUCCUGGAGGAGUUUGAGACCUAUCAUCCCGGGAGGUGUGGCCGGGACACAGAGGACGAAUGCGGGGCCAGGGGCCCCGUGGCUCGCUGCCAGCAGCACUCAGGCUGCAUGAAGAACUGCCUUGGGAGCCGGGAUCCCUACUGCGGGUGGACCCCCGAGGGCUCUUGUGUCUUCCUGGAGCCCAGCCCCAGGUAA